AACAAAAUAGCUAUUUAAACUAGCAAUUUCAUCGACGCGUUUACAAUGCAGCCGUUGAAAAGCCCCAAAGGGCUUCAAAAGCUCUCAAAUGAGUUUGAAGUGCAUUGUAAUCAAGACGCUGCUAAACGAUGCAUUGUUUUUUCAAAACUUGUAUUACGAUCGCUAAACGUUUGGCCUGAUAACGAGGAUCCAAAAAAAUACUGGUUAAUGAUGGUAGUAAUUGUAAGCGUUUUUACCAUGGGAAUGGCGCAUUUUGCUUACGUUAUAAUAAAUCUGGCUCAAAUUACAAAGAUGACGACAGCAUGUACAACAGUUUUAGUUUCGUUUGAAUGCAUUGCAAAAUUAUUAACUAUGAUACACUACCGCGCCGAACUGAACCGUAUUCUGACGUCAAUAUGGCUUGAUUUCUGGCCGGUAAAUAUGGUAAAGCAAAGUUUACAACGCGAAAUAAGUUUCCGUAGCAAUUACGUGACUGUCGUGGGCGUGGCGUUCCUCUGCAUGGCGUUUUUUUCCAAUGCUCAGUUUAUGAUGUUCCCACUGGUCCAUAACCUCUCUGAACUACCGCUAGCUUCUUGGUAUCCUUUCAACUUUCGAGUUAGUCCAUUGUACGAGAUGAUGUACAUUUGGCAGUGGUUUAUGAAUCAAGUUAUCAUUACAACACUAAGUGGUUUUGAUGCUUUUUUCAACGCAAUUGUCAUGAUUUGUGCCACACAGUUUCAGAUUUUACAGAAUGUGCUUGAGAAUAUAGGAAAACAUCAUCGUAUGAGACAAUGGAAUGUUAUUAAACAUUUUGGGGAUCUAGUGGACAAGCAACGAUCAAGUUUUGAGAUGAGAAUGUUGGUCAAGUGCAUUAAACACCAUUUAAAUUUAAUAGAAAUUUGUGAUUCAUUGGAGACAAUUUUCGCGCAUAUUGUAUUCAUGCAAUUUGUUGUGAGCGCUUCAGCGAUGUGCGUUUCAUGCGUCGCUUUAAUAGCUGAUCCGGAUGUAUGGCAGCAUAUGCUCUCGUACUUGAUCGCGCAUGUUUUUCAGUUUUUUAUUUAUUGUUCGGUUGGGAGCGAACUCACAUAUCAGAGUGGACAGAUUGCGGAAUCGGCUUACGACUGUAACUGGGAGGCUUCCCAAGACAACGAUUUUCGUCGGGCACUCGUAAUGAUCAUCUUGCGUGCACAAAAACCGAUGGAACUCACAGUCGCCGGACUAAUGCAGCUCAGCUAUGCGAACUUUAUCGGCACAGUGCAAUUAUCGUUUUCAUUUUAUGUUCUGCUUGAUUCACUGGUUUAAAAUUUAUUGUUGGGAAAUAAAAUUAACAAUUGAGUCUA